GAGUCGUGCACGCACUGCCUCACCGACUAGGUCACCAUGGUGGAGCGGAAAUGCUUAUCAAGAGUAACGAAACGGCUCAUCGACACUCGGAGGGAGAUUUCAUACUGUGUCAUCACUAUCGUCUCGCAUUACCGGCUCGGGAGCGGCCGCACCUCGUUCAAGCCUCAGUGGCGAGCGUUUGUGCGCCCCUAUGUGUUCCCUCCAUGGAUCGUUUCGCGGGACUUGAAGACAUGCCCCAGUGGGGCGAUGAAGGCUGCCUGGGAGGAGGGAGAUCUAAGGGAGCGCUAAAGGAAAUGGUAUAGUACCGACCUAAGGUAGCUCGCAUGCACAAGCGAGGCGUGUCGGCUCAUAAGCAAUGCCCCAAAAUACACCCAACCUGGGCUUUGCCCGAGACUGGUUCGGUCUUCCCAGCAGUUGUGCACCUUGCUCGAUGAGGUAAUGAAGCCAACACCUUUCAGAUACUGCACUGGUAUCAAGACCCCUCCUACCUCGGCAUACCAACGCCGUAUUCCCCGUUCUCGUACAGCGUCCGUACAGGAAUCCCUCGAUUUUCAGCGACGAGGCCGAUGAGCUGUUCACCGAUAUCCUUGAUAUCGUUGUAUUUUUGGAGACGGCGGAUGUAUGUAUUGACUGUAACCUCAGGUGGUUGGCUUGUUCAGAUUAUUAGCCAACAAACUUGCAAUACUGCUGGACGGGAGGCUUCGUACCUGAGCAGCAAUCUUUCCUGCUCCACCUCGUUU